AUGGAGGACGGCUUCGCUGCCGACCACAAAGGCAGCAUCACCAUCAGCAACAGCAACAGCAGCAGCAGCAAUGGCAGCUGCAGCAGCAGUAACGGUGUGUGUGAGGAGUGUAGGGGCUGCUACUUCCACCCCCCUAAGGUAAUUGCCCCCCCUGCAAGAAGCCAAGAGGAGCUGCUACGUCCUCCUCCUCCACCACCUUUGCGCUUUGAUCUAUUAAAAAACUUGAAUGCCCUGCACUACCACUGCACUAUCCCCAGCAGCAGCUCUAGCAGCAGUAGCAGCAAUGGAGGAGAGGCAUGGUGGUCUGCUGCUGCACAGAGGGAUUUAUUUCUAAAUCCUUAUGAUGUCGCAAAGUUUCCCCGUGAGUUAAAUGGUAUACCGAAGAAAAGAAAACUAGCAGAAAGAGGCGCUGUAUCUGGUGACCUAGGCGCACGCUUACAGACCCAUGACGAACAGCAACAGCAACAGCUGCUACUGCUGCAACAGCAGCAGCAACGGCGUUUAAAACGACAGCCAGAGCAAGAAGCAUGCUCCCCAAAACACGAACCAGGUGCAGAACCCGGUAGCAGCAGCACUGGACUCAACGUCCAUAACCACUCAGACCUUAGCAGCAGCAGCGGUAGCAGCACCGGCAGGGUUUUGUGUGGCCGUUGUAGCGGGCUAAAGCUAAGAUUUGACUUACCUGGUGCUGCUCCUUUCCCCACCUUAUCGGCUGCCGCCCGCAAGGGUCCACUUAUAGGCAGAGCCUUACGCCGCCGCCGGCAGCCGCCGCAGCAGCAGGUCUGGGGCGGUCAUGCUUCCGAUGACAGCAGCGCCAGCAGCGGGAGUGACGUUCCUGCAGGGGAGCUGCUGCCAGAUGCGUAUUUGCUGUUGGGGGGGAAACGCCGCUGCAGCAGAGCUGCUUACUUAGAAGCAGAUUGGCUUGUACAGCUGCAAAACCCUCCUGAAGGCAUUGAAGCCCUUGAUAUGUUUGCUGCUGCUGCUGCUGCUGCUGUUGCACCUGCUGCCUCCCUCACUCCCCUAAUUGAUCCCGCUGCCCUGCAGACACUCCUGAAAUUGCACGGCUCUCCUCCACAAGCUGGCAACCGCGCCAGUAACAGCAACAGCAGCAUCAACAGCAGCAGUCUACGUGAAUUGGAGAGUAUCCUCGACGUAGAGGCCCCUUACAGACCCCUUACCUACCUCGAACGCAUUGCGGCUUUUGCGCAUGCAAGGGCCCGCACAUCCCCCGCACUACGCCUCUCGCUGCCGCAGCAACAGCAGCAACAGCAGCAGCAGUGCGAGCAGCGGCAGCCACUGCCCCUACUGUCAGCGUUCAUAUCCCGCUGCAUCAUGCGACAGGCGGGCGAGGGAGCAACUGCAGCUUCCACUGUAGCAGGAGCAACAGCAUCAGGGUGCCUCCGGUUGCGCCGUAAGAGCCUCAGGUCGCUACAAGGGGAUUCAUAUAUGGUGGACUCUCGUUUGCUGCGGAAGGCACUGCGCUGCUUUGGGCGUAGCAAGGGGGGCCUCAGCAGGAGCACCAGCAGCAGCAGCAGCAGCAGGGCAUAUGCGGACUUCACUGCUGUAAAAGCCAGAGUUGAAGGCCUUGCUUGUGGAGACAUCCCCUUCGACCCAGACGGCCUGUGGCUGCGGACACAGCAACAACAACAACAGCAACAGCAACAGCAGCAGCAGCCACUGGACGGCCUCGGCGGCUCGGAUUCUUCCGCGCUUCCUCUUAUGCACGCCGCGAUGCGGCGCGUGCGGCUGUCGGCGAAGUACAAGCACCCGAGUGUUCGUAUCAGUAUCAGCAACAGCAGCAGCAGCAACAGUAGCAGCGGGAGGGCACAGGGGAUAAAUUAUUGGCAGAGAGCAUCUGUUGGUCUUGGGUGUGGGGUGGUGUUGGCGACACAUGCUGCUUCUUCUGGCUGUUACUACUUCGAGGUGGUCGUAGGCCCAGUGCCCUGCGAGCAGGAGCAGCAGCAGGUGCUGCGCUCUCAACAAGCUUUUCCCCUUGACCAACAGCAGCAGCAGCAGCGGCUGGAGGCCUCCUCCCAGUGCGACCUCCGAGUAGGCUGGAGCACUAGGCGACAUCCUCCUGCUGCUCCCUUAGGCUCUACUGCCGAAUCUGUUGGCUUAACUCUUAGUGGCUCUACUGCAUGGGGAGGCCUUGAGCUCCCUUGUUUCUUCCCUGCAUUGAAGGAAGGCGAUAUCGUUGGUUGCUGUAUGCGGCUGCUGCAAAGCUCCGAAGCUGGACGAGACAACAAUACACAACAGCAACAGCAACAGCAACAGCAGCAGAAGCAGCAUCAGCAAGAAAGGCGGACAGGCGGAGCACCAGCCGCAGCAGCAACAGGACCAGCACCAGCAGCAACAGGUCCACCAACAGCUGCUGAGGUAGCUGCUGCUGCGGGGGACCCGUACACUUUGUCCAGUUGGCUGGACACAGAUCGUCUAGCGCAGGGCUUCCACCGGAGUGCAGCAGGCUUGUGCGACAGCAACAGCAUUGGGGCUGCAUGCGCGGGUGUAAAGGCAGCAGGUGUGGGGUCCUGUGUCGAAUUUACUCUAAAUGGAAAGCCUUCAGGUGUAUGUCGGUUUGGUGCAGCAGACAGCAGCAGCAGCAGUAGCGGUUGCUGCGGCCUUUUAGCUGGGGAGUAUUUCCCUGCUGUAUCUUUAAUGGGGGGAGGCAGCUGUGCUGUUAAUUUUGGCCCAAACUUCUGCUUCCCACCCCCUCCUCCUCCUCCUGUUCCUACUGCUGUUCUUGAUCCUGCUGCUGCUGCUGCACCAUAUCGCCCUGCCUGUCUGUUGCCUCUGCCGCGUGCUGCGCCUCUCACCUACGACGUCUACAACUGCUUGCUGCUGCAGCAGCAACUCGUUCCUGAUCCUCAGCGGCUCCUCCUCAGGCCGCGUACACUCACAGACGUCGUCCAACAACGAAUACUCAACGAUGCCUACCAGCAUCAACAGCAGCAGCAGAAGCAGCAGCUGCUGCAGCAAUACGGGACGCAAAAUGCUCCCUUGGUAAAAGACGAAGCUGCAGACGACGCACACACCACACCGCUGCCAAACAACACAAAAGCGCCAGAGCUCGUGGAGCCAGGCGGCGUGACCAGUAAAGAGGAACAGCAGCAACGACAGCAGAAACCACAGGAAGAGCAAAGUAGCCGAGAAGAAGAACUCGGAGGGUCGACAUUCCAGGGAGGAAACAAAUCUAACGGCAGCAACAGCAACAGCAGGAACAGCAAUAGCAACAGCAGUAUUAGCAACAGUUUAGGGCAAGCUGCGGAUGAGGCAGAGGCAUCGAUGCUUCGCACAGCAGAUGCUCUCUUAGACUCGCCUGAGGAGGUGCGACAGCUGCGUAAGGGCAUGCAGAGGCAGCAGCAGCAGCUGCUGCUCCUGGAGUCGAUCCACCGCUGCGCCUUCCAAGCCCAACUCAGAAGCUGCAGUGCAGUCCUGCAGGAGGCAGCAAAUCACUUUCGAGUUCGCCGGGGGCACAGACGAGGCAGCAAAAUGCCGUGGGUGAGACACAGAAGCAACCUGAGCAGCAGCAACAGCAGUAGCAGUAGCAGCGACAGCAGUAGCAGCAGCAGUGGCAGCGAUGAGGACACUUGCGGUUUUCCUUCACGCGUGACCAACGCAACAAUUGAUGCUGGAAAUACCGAUCAGCAGCGGCAAACAAAGGAUCCCCUCCUGGCAGCAGCAGCAGCGGCAGGAGCAGCUGAAGCCGCUGGUUCUGCUGCGGUUGCAUCUCCCGUAAAAGCGGAUGUGGCUUUGAUUUCCGCUGGAGAACCUUCCAAGGAAAGUCAGGAGAGCAGCAACAACACUUGCAAUGCCACUAGCAGAUGUAGCAGCAGCGGAAGCGUCGGCGGCACUCCUUAUGUAGACUUUGCGCACCCGUGUAGCGUUCUCUUUUCCUUCCUGCUGCCCACAGUACGGGGCCUGCAUCUCCCUGCCCCUAUCUGCCUUGCCGCGGCGUCCAAACGGGAAGCACCAGCAGCUGCAGCAGAAACAGCAGCAGCAGCAGCAGAAUCCGUUGCAGCUUGGAGGCGCUUUGCCUUUCUCUUUUGGUUGGUGGUUGCUCCCCUUGACAGUCAGAGACGGCCUCUUAGCCCUGCGGUGUUUGUUAACAAUGAGUCCGUUGCAGCCCACCGCAAAAGCAGACCCUCUGCAGCAGUUCGUGCGGCAGCUGCUGCUGCUGUUGCUUCCGCUUGUGUUCCUGGUACUGCUGCUGGAACAGCUGACAUGGAAUUGGAUGCAACAGCAACAGUUGCACCAGCAGCAGCAGUAGUCAAGGGAGCAUCUCAGUCUGGGGGACGUCGUGGCCGCUCAGGGAAGGGGCCUUCUCGGCGCAAGGGAGGCGGUGGGGGCGGUUCUUCUCGGGGUCCGGCAGGAUCCGCACCAGCAGCAACAGCAGCAGCAGCAGCAUCAGGUGGUGCAGCUGAUGCUGCUUUGUCUUAUGAGACGGUGCAGGUAGGGCAGCUAGUGCUGCAGGUGCCACAGGGCUGUCUAGUAGAGGAGAUCAGCGAGCCAGAAGAAGAGGCUGUAUGCGAGGGUCUUAGAAGGAAGCGGCAGAUGCCCGCAGGCGUAGGUCCUGCUGCUUCUGCUGCAGCUGGUCCUGGUGCUGUUGCAGAAGAUGAUGUAACCACGCUGGCUGCUGCCCUUGUAGAGCCGCUGCCGCUGCCAGUUGUGCUGCAGAAGCGCAUAGGAAUGAAACCACGUGUGCUGCUAGAGGCGCUGGGGUGUCGUUACCGUGUUGUAUCUAGAGAGCUCGCAGGCAGCCACGCUGCUGUUGCAGGGGUGAGCUGCAUAUAUACCGCAGUCGUGCGGCUGCGGCAGCUACAGGCAAAGGCACAGGCUGCGGAAGAGGAAGCAGCCAAGGACUUGGCCUGCGAAUUUUGGCUCCAGCAGCACUGCGGUGCCAUCUGUGGCUUCUAG